AUGAAGGGAUGCCGUCGGGAAAAGUACGCAGCUGGGCGAGAGGCUGAGAGAGGAUCAAUGGGAGGCGAAGAUAUAAAUCUCAUUGUCCCUCAGAACAGGAGGAGGACGAUGAAUGAUGAUGACACCGGAACAGUGAAAUCCACCAUCCGGCAUGUUUUCUUCUUUUUUCGCCGGGCUUUCGGUUGCAUUUUUACGAAUUGCACAUCAGGGCGACGUCCCCAGCAAAAUACAUUUUUUAAAAUGUACGAUUUGUCAGUUAGAGUUCUGUGCCUGUGGAUUUGCCUACAGAUGGGGACAUCUUCUGUGGACGGUUUCACUCGGGAAGCAUAUGCCCAGGGAAGACAGUAUAGCCUCUUUUCACGGUUUGGAAUGUCUCAUCCCUAUAGAACGUAUAAUAAUCAUUACCAUUACCAACAAAAUACACAAAUAAUUAACAAAUGGAUUUAUUACGACGAUGGAAUAUUACCCAAAGAGGCUACCAUAUUUACAACAGGCACAAUGCCAGACGAUCCGAAAUUAUUCCCUACUGUUGGUAACGGUCACAUUGCUACAGCGGUCUAUUCAGACACUAUCUACAUGAAUGGUUUCUACAACGGAUAUGCUUACGAAAGUCACCGGGCUCGUAUUCCUUCUCCUUGUGCAAUUAAAAUCAGGGAUGUGUCGGAAAAGGUUAUGCAAAAUGAGUACGCUUUGAACCUGGAACAAGGCGUGUUCAUGAGAGUAAUGGUGGGAAAAAACUUUCAAAUUGUCCAGCGUAUCUACGCCCAUCGCAAACUGGAGGAAGUCAUGGUAGUCGAGAUGGAAAUCGUUCACAAUCUUUCCCGAUCGCUUCAUUUAUCUUUGGACAUGAACCUAACUGACAGCACCGACCUAAAGGGAACAUACGAACCGGGUAAAAUGGCAAGAAUGCCGAAUGUAACCUUUUAUCAUGGAACAAAUACGGAACCAGAAGAGUACGAUGUGAAACUUUCACAAAUUCACAUUCUGUUUACUGACGUUCCAUCUUUGAUCACCGUUCGAACUUCCCAGUCUUACAAGAAAAUGUUUUUCUUUACAGCCAUCGGCCGAACACGACAGAAAGUCGUUGAAGCAUACCACAAAGCUAAAGUGUGGUCGGAAAGGCAAACCUUGUUCGCACAUCACAAAUCGGCCUGGGAAGCCCUCUGGAAACAAGGCUAUAUAGACAUCAAAGGGGAUUUGAACCUCGCACAGGUUUGGCUCAUGGGACUGUCAAGGAUUACGGUGGCCAUGUUUUUUGGGACCAGGAUACAUGGAUGUAUCCUAGCAUUCUUAUGUUGCAUGCAGACCUUGGCAAAGUGUUAA